CAACUCUCCCCAUCUACUCUUCAGCUAUCGCGCCCAAAUCGCCAUCUCAUAAUUAUAAACCCAAAUAACAACAGGCCAUCACCAUAACAAACCCAGAACAAGACCCUCGUCCUCCCCAAAAUGUCCACACCAAACAACACACCCCCUUACACACCCAUGCCCUCCCUGGGCCACGAGCUAGGCGUUAUGUUCGGCUUCAUCGUCGCCUGCCUGCUAAUCAUGGCAGUGUACAUCUAUUUUUGGCGGGCCGCGGACCGCCGCGACAAGCAGCGUGAUAAAGAUCGGCAGAGGGACCUUGCUCAAAGGGCGUUUCGGUAUGAGCGCUUUCCGGGAGUUGGAGGUCCAAGGGAGAAGAUGCAUAGGGAGAUUGGGGCGCGGGGAGGGGCUGGGUUACAGAGAUGAC